GUGGAGCUCCGUUUGCUUCCAGCCGUCGACUUCUUCCGGGGUCGUAUCCCCCGCGCCACCACCACCCGCUUCGUGCUGCAGAUACUGGUGAUCUUGUGCUCAGCCAUCAGCGCCGUCCUCACCCAAGUAGGUGGUCAAGCUUCAUCCUUGGUUGCCGUGGUAUCCGUAUUUGCGGGGUCGAUCACAUCGUGGCUGGAGUUCGUGGAUUUGGGGCAAAAGGUGGAGCGCUACAAUGGAACUGUGCGCGAGAUCAAAAACCUACUCUCGUGGUGGAGGACGCUUGAUGGAGUGGAGAAGGCUAGCAUCGACAACAUCCAACAUCUCGUGCACACAGGCGAGGCUAUCCUAACCGGCGAGCUCCGCGCUUGGUGCCAAGCAGGCGUGUCAAAGGAAAAGAGGGACAGAGAUCAGGGGCCCAGUGACGAUGAAGACGACUCGGGGCGCUUGAUCAUGAACGCCCAGCGGUAA